UCACACUCGGCUGCCAGAGGGGGCCAGGAGGGGGUUACUGCUCCCCCCUACCUGCGGGGUGCGUGGCCAGAGACCGAGGGGAGGAUGGAAGAGGGGGUCACGUACGCAGAUCUGCGCUUGCCCCCCGUACCAGCUCCUCCACAGCCCGUGAGGCUGUCCUGGCACUGGGCAGCCCUCAGCCUGGGUGUCCUGUCCCUGCUGCUCCUGCUGGUGCAAAUCGUCCUGGUUGGCUUGAGCUUCCACUAUUUAGCCCAGCAGGCGAGCUGUGCCCAGAGAGAGGAGGAGAGCCUCAGCUACGUGCAGCAGUCUUUGCGAGAGAGCUGCCAGUUCUGCCCGGCCGGAUGGGUAGGGGACGCGGGGCGCUGCUACUACUUCUCCUCUACCAAGAGGAGCUGGGAGCAGAGCAAAGACGACUGCUGCUCCAGGGGGGCACAGCUGGUCACCGUCCAAGCCAACAGCACCCUGGCUUUCCUGGCACGCAUGACCCAUCUGGACAUCUUCCACGUGGGGCUGAAGCGGGACAGCGCCAGGUUUGAGUGGAAGUGGCUGGACGGCACCCCGCUGAAGGGGCGCCUCCCCCUCCAGCGUCCCAGCAGCUCCUACCUGGCCUGCGGCAGGGUGUCCGGCUCGGGGCUGUCGGCCGGCCCCUGCAGCGAAGCGCACGGCUGGGUCUGCGAGAAGAGCGCGGUCACCCUGCAGUGGCUCCAGUCCUCCAUCCCCACCUUCCUCUGGGGGAACACCACCUACACCUGCGUGGGGCCCUAGGACCGAGGGGACAGCCUGGGUGCUCCUACGGCCCUGCCUGACCCAAGCACGGGCACCCCGGGGUGCUGCCUCCUGACCCCUCUGCGUCCCUCCCCCCGGCAUCUCUGCGCCUUGCCAAUAAACUCCGG